AUGAAGCCUCUCCCAGCUGUUCCACAUCAGUUUGUGCCGACAGUUGACGAGAACGAGCUUUGGCCUUUGGCUCAGCUGUGUUCGGAGCAGCCUUUCCCCGUGCAAGAACGACUCCAACAGCUGGACCCGAAGACGACUAAAGCCUGUAACGUCUGGUUCAUCCUCAGUGCCUACUUCAACGAUUUCCUCGGCCACCGCUGUCCACGACUCCGACAGCACCUAGCCCAGACGGGUCAGCAAGUGCUGCGCGAGCUGAGCUUGCAGGACAAUCUGCAAAUAGGCAUCGUCCAUGCUUUGGUGUUUAACAACUUCGUGAAGGUUGGAAAGACGAUUUUCGACUGCCACAGCUCCGUCUCGCGGUCGGCCUUGGUCGCCAGGCUGCAGAAGUACAAACAGGGACUAGGAGCCCACACCAAGCUGACACACCUCCCGGUGCUCUUCCUCUGCAAGACCGACUCUCACGCGAAGCUGCUGGAACAGUACACGCACUGCUGGACGCGAGAGACUUGGCCCGAAAGCGUCCUGUCCUUGCCUACGGACCCUUGCAGCGCGACUGGCCAGGAGACCUACAAACUCGAGUAUCUUGAAACGGUCCUGGACGUCCUGCACCGAAGCUCCCAAAAGAGCGUGAGCCAACUGACUUCUGGCAAGAGCCUGCUGUAUCAGAGGCAGAUGCAACGCGACAAUGAGAAGCGUGGCGUGGUAGUCAAGGACGACCAAAUGUUUGGUUCUGCCGAUGACGAAGCUGAUGCCGAGAAAGUGCACGAAGAGGAAAUGGAAGCCAUGAGCUCCUUCUGGGAAGCUGCCACGAAAGCUUCGGUAAGUGCGGAUUCCUUGGAAAGCGCCUACAACCUGAAAGCAGGCAAUUGGCUGGGGAAUGGCAAAUGGGGAUGGGUGAUGAUGGCGCCGAAGAAGGGGUCGGACAAGCAGGCGGUGCUGAAGCUCAGCGACGUGCACCACGCAGAUGUCAAUGCAAAGGAGUGGGUUUACGGAAGCAAGAUGGGCAAAGGUCACGAGAACAUAGUGCGAUACGAGGAGGUUUUCCUGUAUGCAGAUGACAAUGGGGUGCUGAAGAAGUGCCUUCUCGAUGGAUAUGCAGCAGGAAAGUUGAAGUCGGACAUUCAGCGCAAGAGCUUUCCUACACACUACGUGUGCAUGACAAUCGAGAAGAUGAAUGCCGGAAGUGUGCAGCACUGGCUUGACAAAGAGCUCCUGAGCCCGGAGGGGAUGAUGGUCAUCCUGCAAGAGAUUGCGGCUGCUCUGGCCUAUAUGCACGAGAACGGCAUAACACACAAUGAUAUGAAGCCCGAGAACAUCUUCUUGCACAGCAAAGGCCGCUACAUUCACUCGAAGCUCGGUGACCUCGGCCUUGCACAAAAGUCCAAGAACAGGACCUCCGAUGUCACACGAUAUGGGAUGACCGGCUUCUGCAUGGCUACAGGCGAGCACUAUGGAACACGACACUACUCGAAGGACAAAGUUUCGACCUUCGUGUCAGAAGUGGAAGCCUGUGUGAGCGGAUGCGGGCUGACAGGGAAGCUGGGCAACGCGCUCCAGGAUCUGCCAAGACUCCUGGACCAGGUACUGUCCGAAAAAGCGACCAUGAAGCAAGUCCGGGAUUGGCGCUCGAUACAGGGCUUCCAGUUUCCGGACGACAGCUCCUCAGGCCUCACGCGAUCGAGUUCCGAGACCUUCGUCGGCAGCAAGGUUCCGGAGGAGAGUUCUGCAUCAUCUGGUGGGUACAACAGCCGGACCACUGAAAGGAGGACCUCCGUUGAAAAGUCCAGAUCCUCCGUGGACCUCACGGCGAGAGCGAGAAAGAAGAUCGACAUCGACACGGAGUGGUCUCCUAGAGCAUCCUUGUCGAAUGGCCUUCCCAUGAAAGAGUCUCCAGCCAAGCGAGCGCAGCGACGCCUGAGCAGAUGGGACGAUUAA